AUGCACAAACAAAAGAUCACGAACAACAAUAAUAAUAGCUUACCACCAAUACAUUCCGCCAUUCCCACAUUUGCAGAUGAACAAGAACUUCAUCUUCCUUCGUUUCUAGAUAAUAAUUCUGCCCCAUCACCUAAUUCUCUACCACCGUUACAAAUACCAAAUUCCAUAAAUGAUUCUCGGAUGUCGAUAAAUCGACUGGUUAAUGAUGCAGCGGAACCAGCAGAUGAUGUAUUGGGUGCCGCUCAAGUAUUGGAGACUUUGAGACGGGGAGCAGUAGAUGUUCCAGCACCCGUUGAACCCUCACCUGUGCCAAAUUCAUCAAAUACGAACGUUGGAUUGAGACAUCGAUUACCAGCAAUCCCGCUCGUCAAUCGAGCACUUGGUUUAUAUGAACAGGGUAAAGAAAAAAGUUCAAUUUUCAAGACUAGUGCAGAUGCGCUUGAAUCAUCAUUCAAAGCGAUAUCAACAAAAAUUCCACAGAUUGAGCAAUUGGAUGAGUAUGCUUGUCGUGGUCUUGAUAAAUUGGAAGAGAGAUUUCCAGGGGUUAUUGAACCAACAAAUAACUCCCGACAAACUGGUGGAUUUAAUGGCAUAGGAGAGGAUAACAUGCAAGUGUCAAUGCCAACUCUUCAAAAUCAUCAUCAACAUCUCGAUAUAUCAAUGAAACGUCAACCACGUGGUAGCAGUGAACUAUCGAGCAGAAGUUCAUCACCAUCUUAUCGUGCAAGGCCUCAUCGUACAUCACAAUCCAAUGG